AUGUACUCAUUCGCCAAAAGAGGUGAGAGUGGAGAUCCCAUCGGUAGUCCAAAUAUUUGCUCUCAGAUACUGCCGUUAAAUGUAAAAUAUGGGGUCAUUACUGUCAGGUUGAUCAAUCGUGUUGAAGAUUCUUUCCGUAUCCGUUCUGCCUCCAGAAUGUCAUCUUCUCGCUCGAAUAUCUCAAUUAAGGUGCUUACCGUCUUCUCACUUGAGAUGUUUGUGUACAUGGAUUGUACGUCAAAACUCACCAACAGUUCCGACCCCAACAACCCAAUGUUCUGGAUCCUUUGA